GACGGUUACUGCUUUUUGCGACGUUGGUCGCUAGCAUGUACAUGGAGUGAGGAAAACGGCAGCAAGAUCCGGCUUCUGAGUCAUGGCAACACAUGAUCAGAUUGAUUAUUCGAAGUCAGUUACUAUUAUAAUCGUUAGCCAAAAUACGCUACCGCGUUACUUAUCGUUUGAUUCAAACUGCAUUAUAUGAAUAUCACAAAAAGUUAUGAAAACAACUAAUUGAGGAUUCAUCGGAAACCUAUUGAGUGCAAACGUAUACGAAAAAUGCAAAUUAUGUUUAAAAUAAUUUUAUGUGUUUUAUUGAAAAGUUUAGUACUGACAAAGGCAACUAUCACGCCGGAGGAUUAUAGCACUUCAAACAAUCUUCAGAAUGAAAGUGUUUCCAUUUGUCCAAAUUUAAAUUUCACGCAGGAUAUAUCAAUGUUCGAGAAAAGUGAUCAUCAUAUACUAAAUUUCAAAUCUGACCGGAGUCAUUCUGAUAGUACCGUGAGAAAUAAGCGAGAAGACGUAGAAGUUACACAUGCAAAUAUUUCUAUCAUCCCAGAAUCUAUCGAAAGCAGUUUGAGCAAGCCAACAUCUCUCAGAGCAUUUGUACAAUUCGACAGUCAAUUUACAGAAAAAGUAAACGACAUUUUUGUGACAUUGAGAUGGAACCAACCUGAAUUUACCGAUGAAAUAAUACAAGGGUACACAGUGCAAUGUUUUUUCGAGGACAUAAAAGAGAUUCAAACCUGCGACGAUAAAAAUAACACAACUACAAAAUUGGAGCACACGAUGCACAAUCUAACAUCUAACACGACAUAUUAUUUUCGAGUACGUGCGCAUACUAAAAUUGUUGCUGGCCCUUACACGGAUUUAAUCAAAGUGUCGACUACGCAUGAAAAUCCAAUACCUAAAUUAUUAGUCACAUCGAGAAAAGGUAUCCACAUAUUGGACGUGGAUUUAAACAUUACUAAUUUCGUAAUGUCAGAAUCAGUAACACAUGCCACUUAUUCGAUACAGGAACAUAGAAUUUAUUGGCUAUCACGAAAUGACCUAAUGACAUUGAAGAUUAAUGAAAAUAAUAUCACAAAAAUAGCUACCUUUGAUACGUAUCCAUAUAAUCUCUGCAUUGACUGGGUAGCAAGAAAUCUAUAUAUAAUCUCUCAAGACUUCGACAACUUUUAUAUAAUAAAAUUCGACUUAGCAAUGUGGAUAAAUACGUGGAAAAAGGCUACGUUGUUAAAGACCGUAAUUGAAUUUAAGAUUUUCGAAUCAGAAAAUUAUAUUCUCGGUUUAAGUGUAUCACCGUCUUUGGGAAUUUUAUAUUCCCUAUCACGCAGUUUAACGAAUGAGGUAUAUGAUAUGAGGCAACAUCAUUUCGAUGGAAGAACUGUGCAAACUGUUCAGAUAAAUCCAUCGUCUUGCAUAUUUCAUUUUAUAGAUUCUUUUCGUGAUAUGAUAAUUGAUGACAUGAAUAAUGAUGAGCUGUUAAUUUACUGGUUAAGUGAGAGUUACAUAGUUGUAACAGACGUUAACAUUUCUAUGUGCAAUGCAAUUUUACACAAGAAAAACAUAAGUGUUAAUGAUACCUUUUACUUCCAAUCUAUGACGAUUGAUAAAACAAACAUUUACAUUUUAGUAAAUGAUUCGUUUCCAUAUAUACUCUACGUUUUGAAAAAGAAAUAUGCAAGUCUCAAGAGCGUAAAUGCAGCCGAAAAUGUUGAAAAGAUAAUAAUAAGUUCAGAUAAUAAUAUGUUUUAUAAAAUUUACGCUUUUGAUAAAUCUUUACAACCAUAUCCUCCAAUGAGAUGUCUGACACCUGAGGAAAAAGAUUAUAAUUUUGAGAAAACAGCAGGGAUGGAUAGACUGGAAAACACCAUGUAUAUGUCGAAUUUUCCGGAGGCGGUUGUAAAGAGUGGAUGCAAAGAAUAUAAUUUACCAACAACUACAUAUACUACUUCCGUAAGCUGUUUAGACAAUCUCAACAAUCUAAACAUAACUGAUAAAUUCAAUUUCAUUCUUCAGAAGGGAUAUUAUUACACAAUUAAGGACUUAAUACCAUUUUCAGAGUAUAAGUUGAAGUAUACUUUAAGCAAUUUUUACUUUGAUCAAUUAUCAGUAAAACCAUUCGAAUCGAAUGUGAUACCAAUUAAAACUAAAUCGGGCAAUCUCGUAAAACACCAGAACCUUAAUGCACCAGAAAACGUAAGUGUCCUAGCUUUGACGCCUACUAUAGCAGCAGUUCAUUGGAUGCCACCCAAGGAAUCGGAAUGCGUGGUCAUGACUUAUGAAGUGCAUUGGAAGUCAAUUACAUUAGUGAACGGCACUCUACAAAAGAGCAAACAAUUGAUCAAUAUGCCGAAACGUAUGGCAAACGGCAAAUUUUUCACAAAGAUUAACUUGUCGCUACCGGUACAAGAUUAUUUGAUAUACGUGCGUGUGUAUCCAAAUAAUUUCAGCGAUUUCUACAAUGAGAGUUUAAGCAAGAUCAUUUACAUAUAUUCAGAACCAAACAAUAUUACUUUGAGCGAGGUCGAAAUAAAUAGCAUGGACAUUUCAUGGAUCUCAAACAUCAAUCUGACGGUCUCUCCUACGUUAGAGUACAAAGAGAAUGCAACAGAAAAGUGGCAAACAACAAAUUAUAUUAAAAUGAAUUAUAACAAACAAAUAAUAUACCAUAUCGAAAAUUUACAAUCGGGAACUUUAUACAAGUUUCGCUUGAUAUUGAGAUAUCCCGAAUAUGAAGAAAAUUUUACAUGGCCAGCUGAUGAAAGAUUUAUUUUUUCAACACUUGAUAUUUCGAGCACUCCUGGAAUAAUAGCGAGAGAAUAUUACUUAUUAUUGAUAUUAAAUUUUAUCGUUAUAGUUAUUAUAAUCUGCGUCUACUACUUUUAUCGUUUGUAUCGUCAACGCAGAGAUAAUAAUGAACGAUUUUUAUCUUCAACAAUGACCGAUAUAGAAUUGGAGAUUCAACAUGAAGUGCCUUGCCGAUAUACCCAAUUCAAUACAAAUUAUAGUCCUAUGUUACAUAAUAACCCGGAUGAAUGUGGGAUAACUAAAAUCGCACGUAAAGAAAUUACAUUUACAAAACUUAUUGGUAGCGGCGCAUUCGGAAAGGUGUUUCAAGGAAAGGUGAAGAACUUAGAAGGAUCGAGCACAGAGAUAUCCAUUGCAAUAAAAACGCUUCGGACAAAUGCUUCUUCCCGUGAGAAAAAGAAUUUAUUAAAGGAAGCCAAGCUUAUGAAUCAUUUUCGACAUAAACAUAUAUUAAGAUUGUUGGCUGUUUGCUUAGAUGGGGAUUCUCCGUUACUAGUGUUGGAAUUGAUGGAAACUGGUGAUUUUUUAAAAUAUUUGAGAGAUUGUCGAAAUUUGCAAGCGUCAGAUUCGCCUGCUCUGCGUUUGCAGGAUUUGCUCGCCAUGUGCGAAGAUGUUGCGCGAGGUUGUUGCUACUUGGAAGAGUUGCGUUUCGUACAUAGAGAUCUAGCGUGUCGCAAUUGUUUAGUAUCUUCGAGAAAUCGCGAGAAUCGUGUUAUCAAAAUUGGAGAUUUUGGACUGGCCAAAGAUAUCUACAAGGAUGAUUAUUAUUGCGUGAAAGGAGAAGGUUGGUUUCCUGUUCGCUGGAUGGCACCCGAAUCUUUGAUGAUCAGAACAUUUACUUCUCAAAGCGAUGUUUGGUCAUUUGGGGUAUUAAUGUGGGAAAUUACCUCGUUGGGUGAGCAACCUUAUAUUGUCAAGACUGAUGAAGAAGUGAUAAAUUAUGUUCAUGUUGGAGGCAGGUUGCCGAUGACUCUUAACUGUCCGUCACCAUUGUAUCAAUUGAUGUUACGUUGCUGGAGUGCAGCGGAUGCUAGACCAAAUUUCAAAUUUUGUCUGGAAAAUAUUAUAGCAUUAAGAAAGAACAUAGAAGAUACUUUAUUGAAUCCAGUUGAUACUAUUUAGCAGAUAUAAUUAAAUUAAUGUUUAUCUUUAUUUCCGAAAGACUCAAUAAAUCUUAAUGCAAGAUAAAUAUUUCUAAAA